AUGGCCGCCGCUAUAGAUCUGUCAGGGGAGGAGCUGAUGAGCGCACUCGAGCCUUUUAUCCGGGAUGCCGCCUCUCCUCCUCACGGAUCCAGUCCGCUCCUCCACCCCCACCAGCCCCUCAGUCCCUCGUCGCCGUUCUCCUUCCACCAUGCCGCGGCCGCCGCCGCCGCCUACGGCGGGUACCCGUUCGCCGCAGCCGCCGAGGGGGCGGGUCAGCUGAGCACAGCCCAGAUGCAGUACAUCCAGGCCCGCCUCCACCUGCAGCGCCAGGCGCAGUCCUCCGUGCUGGGCCCGCGGGCCCAGCCCAUGAAGGCGUCCGCGGCGGCGGCCCCGACCCCGCCGCGGCCGCAGAAGCUGUACCGCGGCGUGCGGCAGCGGCACUGGGGCAAGUGGGUGGCGGAGAUCCGCCUCCCGCGGAACCGCACCCGCCUCUGGCUCGGCACCUUCGACACCGCCGAGGAGGCGGCGCUCGCCUACGACCAGGCCGCGUACCGCCUCCGCGGCGACGCGGCGCGCCUCAACUUCCCCGACAACGCCGCCUCCCGCGGCCCGCUCCACGCCUCCGUCGACGCCAAGCUCCAGACGCUCUGCCAGAACAUCGCCACGUCCAAGAAGAAGGGCGCCAAGAAGCCCGCCUCCGCCGCUGCAGCUGCUGCCACGUCGUCGUCCGCCCCCACCAGCAACUGCUCCUCCUCGCCGUCCUCCGACGACGCGUCCUCGUCCUGCCUCGAGUCCGCAGCUGAGUCCUCGUGCCCGUCCCCGUCGCCGUCCGCCUCCCCCGAGUCGUCGACGGUGCCGGAGAUGCAGCAGCUGGACUUCAGCGAGGCGCCGUGGGACGAGGCCGCCGGCUUCGCGCUCACCAAGUACCCGUCGUACGAGAUCGACUGGGACUCCCUCCUCGCCGCCAAUUAA